UCUCUCUCUCUCUCUCAAAAAUCGUAAAUACGCAAAAGAACCGCACCGCCCUCAUCCACCAUUUAUAGAGAUGACAUUCAAAUUAAGCUCCAGACUCCUCUAUUUCGACUAGUCAAGAACACUGAACGAGGCGGUCUCCAUCGUUUACCACAGUUUUAACCUUUAAAGCUCGCCCAACCUAUGGACGACUCCGCCCCCACUCUGCACCUUCCCCAAGACACCGACUCUCCUAUCCCCCCCUUUUCAUCCAUCACAGACAACACCAAAAGCAGUGAUGGAACCACCACCACCAGUGCUGAUAACAGUAACUGCACAAACAGCUCAAGCAGUACCAGUCGGAGGUGCAAGGGUAAAGGAGGGCCCGACAACAACAAGUUCAGGUACCGCGGAGUGAGGCAGCGGAGUUGGGGAAAAUGGGUGGCCGAGAUCCGAGAGCCACGCAAGCGAAGCCGCAAGUGGCUGGGAACCUUCGCCACCGCGGAGGACGCCGCGCGCGCCUAUGAUCGCGCCGCCAUUAUUCUCUACGGCUCUAGGGCUCAGCUCAACCUCCAGCCGUCGGGGGGCUCCACAUCCCAGUCGUCCGCAUCCACCCGUGGCGGUUCUUCUUCGUCCUCGACUCAAACCCUCCGCCCUCUGCUUCCUCGCCCCUCUGGAUUUGGCUUCACCUUCUCUUCUACGCCUUCAACACUUCCAACGAUGUCUUCGUCGGGUAUUGUACCCUAUGGGAUCUACCCUAGUGGUAGUCCGUCGAUACUGAGCCUUAACAAUAUGGUACAAAAUCCUCAACAAAUGGUCCAACAGUAUCAGUAUCAUCAGUCUUGUGAUGGGACUGUUGGUGAUGGAGUUGACCGUGCGGCAACAACAACCUCGUAUCAAAACCCUUGUCAUCAACACAGCUAUCAGCAGCAACAUCAGAAUUAUUUGUACAAUGAUAUUAACUCGCUUGUGGGCUCGGUGGAUUCAAGCUUGUCUCUUUCUAAGCAGCCCGUGGUUGCACCGGUGGCUCCAGAUCCGGUUGGGGCAGUCGGACCUGGAUCUCCAUCUGUGUGGCCGCUGACGAAUGACGAAGUGUAUGCACCCAACCUUUGGGACUAUGGUGAUCCUGAGUACGAUAAUCCUUUCUUGUUUGAUAAUUUUUAAGUCCUGAUCGAUGGUGGGUCUGCAUAUUUUUGCUCGGUUUCAUUAAACGUUUAGACACACUGGCUUGCAUGCAAUUAGUUUUCGAUCGAGGCGUUAUUGCUCCUGCACUUUCUCCUAUAAUUCAGUAUGGAUCUCUUUAAAUUAAUAGUUUAGUGGAACUAAUAUUCUGCAACAGUACUUGUUGAAACUGCGUUUUAUUGGCGAUGGGAUAUAAUAGUACCCCUUUCGAUUUGAGAUUGAUGUCGAUGUUGAAGAUGAAUAUGGUAGGACUGCCCAAGGGAUUGAAGUGCAUGCGGGGUGAGAACUAACUACGGUAAAAAGCCAUGGGCCGCAAGCGAUCAAGAGCCAACUAUCUUACUAUCUGUGGCUAGCUUGUUUCGUUGAUCUCCAUAAGGGUGGAAGAGAUCCACAGGUAUGUAUGAUUGCUUGUAUGAUGUAAUGAAAUUUUAGUUAUGGAGGUUUUCAGAUAGGAAUAUUUUUCGUUCUAGCUAAGUUUAAAGGGCUGCUGGGUAUGUACUUUAAUUGGCAUUUAAAGAGAGCAUAUUAUUCAGUAAAAUUAUAUUUUUUU